UUGGCGGUGCUGGCGCCCUGGGCGGGCCGAGGGGCCGCCGCCGCCCCCACCGCCCCCAACGGCACGCUGGGGGCCGAGCUGGAGCGCCGCUGGGAGAGCCUGGUGGCGCGCUCGUUGGCGCGCCUGCCGGUGGCCUCGCAGCCCAAGGAGGCGGCCGUCCAGAGCGGCGCCGGCGACUACCUGCUGGGCAUCAAGCGGCUGCGGCGCCUCUACUGCAACGUGGGCAUCGGCUUCCACCUCCAGGUGCUCCCCGACGGCCGCAUCGGCGGCGUGCACGCGGACACGAGCGACAGCCUGCUGGAGCUCUCGCCCGUGGAGCGGGGCGUGGUGAGCAUCUUCGGAGUGGCCAGCCGGUUCUUCGUGGCCAUGAACAGCAAGGGCAAGCUGUACGGCUCGCCCUUCUUCGCGGAAGAGUGCAAGUUCAAAGAGAUCCUCCUUCCCAACAACUACAACGCAUACGAGAGCUACAGGUACCCGGGCACUUUCAUCGCCCUGAGCAAGACCGGCAAGACGAAGAAGGGGAGUCGAGUGUCACCCGCCAUGAAGGUCACCCACUUCCUGCCCAGGCUGUGACCCCCGGCCUCCUGCCCCGGUGUCUGGGUGCUCGGGGAGGGGGGGCCUUUCUUCAGAUGGACAGUUUAAUGCGAGAGUAGGUGUAAGAUAUUUAAAUUAAUUAUUUAAAUGUGUAUAUAUUGCCACCAAAUUAUUUAUGGUUCUGUGGGUGUGUCUUGUUUUUUUGUUUUUUUUUUUUUUUGG